CCCACCCACUCGGCAAUCGGCAUCGAUCCGCUCUGCGUCCAGGGCAUCAUCAGCUUACACGACACAUGGCCGAUACGUGCCAGUGCGUAUGUAGUAGCAGAGUCACGUAUUCCGUAUUCCCUCUGAUCUGCGCCCUCAGAACACUCCCGGAUGAUACUUUCCCACGACCUCGGAACAGACUCGGAACAGACUCGAAGCAAGCGUGGGCGCCAAUUCAACCUGCCGUCUCCUACGAUGGAAGCUAGACUUCAUCAACGGUAAAAUGGGUUUCCAAGACACAGCUGGUCUCUACGGCGCCGCUGCCGCCCUCCGACUCGCCCUCUUCACCUUCUUUCCCGCCCUUCCUGAUCUCCUGACCAGCCGUGUUGAGGUUUCGACACCUGUUACGAGCUUCAAGCGAUUACAAGAGGGCUUGUUCCUAUACAACCACAAUGUCUCCCCGUAUGACGGUGGUGUCUACCAUCAGGCACCGCUACUUCUGCCGCUCUUCUCCCUGCUCCCUGAUGCCUCGGCACACCCAUUCUUUACCUACCUCCUCUAUAUACUUGUCGACAUAGCGACUGCCGAUGCGCUUUACAAGAUUGCAGAGUCGGGCGAGGCUGCGGCAUCGAAAUUAUUUACUUCUGCGCGCAAGGACAGGAGAUGGGGUGGCUAUGUGGUUGCUGCAAUUUUUCUCUUUAACCCAUUCACCAUUGCCACCUGUUUAGGUCGGCCAACAAAUGUCUUCACCACUUGCGCCAUCCUCCAUGCCGUUGCCAAGGCCAUCUCUGGACAUCCAUUGACGUCUAUGCUGGCCCUCUCAUUCGCCUCUUAUCUCUCCAUGUAUCCGGUUCUUCUACUCCCGCCUUUGGUUCUACUUGCCUAUGACCGGCAAAAUUCAGCCAAUAGAAUCACUUCCCUUGUACAGUUCACUAGUACUGCACUUCUCGUCAUUGCGGCCUCUCUCUCGACUCUUUUCACCGCAUCAUACCUACUUACCGGAUCGUGGGAGUUCUUUGCUUCCACUUACGGUAUUCAGCUCACGCUCAACGACCUCACCCCCAAUGUAGGCCUGUGGUGGUACUUCUUCAUAGAAAUGUUUGACAGUUUCAGGUCUUUCUUCCUGGGCGUAUUCUGGUUACACCUCUCCUCUUAUGUUGGCGGCCUGUCCAUACGCAUUCGCUCACAACCCCUUGCUGUAAUUACCAUUCUGCUCGGUAUCUUCAGCAUCUUCAAACCUUACCCUAGUAUCGCGGACAUCAGCUUAUCCCUGGCUGUGGUGCCCUUAUUCCGACACGUAUUUCCCUUGAUGCGAUAUACAUUUUUCGCGGCAUCUACGAUACUGUACUCUGCCUUCUUAGGUCCAGCCUUCUACUAUCUAUGGAUAUACGCUGGCAGUGGUAAUGCCAACUUCUUUUAUGCCAUCACAUUAGUCUGGAGUUUGGGCCAAAGCUUAUUAGUUAGCGAUUUGACGUUUGCUGUAUUGAGGGAUGAGUGGGAGAUAGAACGGCCAGAAAUGGUCGGAAAAGAGAUUCGACAGAUAUAGACCUCAUCUUCAGAUUGGCCCGCAAAAGAGCCAAGCGGCACUUAGCCGUCAGAUACCAUAAUAAAGGAAACAGCCCAAAAAUUAUCACGUUCAACUUUAUCUUGAACAGCUUUGCCAGUUAAUUUCCAUAUUGAAUAAGUCCACCUCAUAUGCUUCAGGGCUAGUGGUCUAUAACGAUUCGAAUCGCUCUCCUCGGUCGAUAACAAUACAAGUGGCCGGAUCAAUCAACUUGCCGCCUUCGAUGAAGUGCUGGGGUACCUCCGUGGUAUAGACGAGUAAUCUUCUUUUCGAUAAGUUCUCCAACAUCGUUAAAGUGCUGAAGAACUUGCUUGAAGUUGUUGUUCUCAACAACUGCAGACAUUUUUGUGGAAGGGGGAGAACUAGCCGUUUUCGAGAUUAAUAGUGCCUGUGAACACACAGGAUUGCUAAUAUUUCGCGGAAGUAGCUUACUUUGCUCGAAAUGG